AUGUUCCUUUCAAUCUCAUUAAUUUGCGGAAUGUUCUCGGCCCCGGGCUUCUCAACGGUCCUCGAUCCACAAUCAGUUUUGUCCCCCGGCGCCAAUGUGAUAAUCUACCGAUCCAAUGCAGACACUUUUGCAUCACGUCACCAGGAUCAUACUCAAACAGGUCACGGACAAUGAUCGCAUUUCUCCCCCUCUUCCUUGAUCAAGCUUGCCCCGCGGAAGCAAAAGAAAGUAAUGACCAGUUUAGACGAAAUCGUCCAAGCGUCCUUGUCAGGGGUGACCGAUCAAGGGUUUAGUUAAACCACGUAUAGGAAGCCUCGACAUAUUCCCGAGACAGGGGCCUCAUCCUGCAAUAGGAAUCACUUCGUCGUUUCACUUUUUUAUCUGCACAACGAAAAGAGACGGAGACAAAGCCACUUGGCAACCCCGGACGAUGGGCGGGCCUUGCUUUUACGAUUUCCUCGGGCUGAUAGGCUCUUUUAGAGCCGUGUACCGUGUGCGUGAAACUGCCUUUUCGUGAUGAUCGUGUCAGGUCCGUGGAGUUCGUUUCCGACAAAGCAACAUCCUGCAUCCCAGACCCGAUGGCGAAAAAAAGCAUAACUCAUGUUUCGGUAGAUAUUAAGAGUGUUUUAAAGGCCUGAGCUGAGUCUAUUACGUCAAUUUCGGGUUUCAAGAAACAGAAAAUACGAAAGUCUGUCCACGCGGCAUCUCCGCCACAGAGGCCUUUUCGACAUCGAACAAGCUCACCACGCGGCCCCAGUAUCCGAUUAAGGUAGACCCCGUAACGUAUUAGUUUGCAAGGGUUACUUAGCCAAGCGAGUGUUAGGCUUAUCCCAAGCAGGGGCGAAUACAUCUCGCGUAUGCUCGUCACCCAGCACAAGAGCGAACCCCAUCCCAUGCAGGACCAGGGGGUGCUGGUCCAGAAUCCUUCUUUUACGUUUGUGGCUCCCCCGAUUUUUUCUAGCUGUUCUUGAUACCUUUUCUGUUUUGUUGUUGGUUUCUCGAAUCUGUACCUGCAUUCGCCAAACGAAACAUCGGGUAUCUUGUUGCCGCCGAGGAGGAAAUGUGAGCGAUGAAGCUAAGGCUUCGCGACGACCAAGAUGACGGACCCGUCCAUACCUUUGUCAAUCCCUAUGUCGAGUUGAACGCCGGGCUAUGGUCUCUGUUCGCGGGAGCGACUUUCUUUCUGUGGUUGAGGUUGUACGUCAAGAUUACGAGGAGACAUGGAAUGUGGUACGACGAUUAUAUCCUCCUGGUAUCAUGGUUCAUCCUUCUCGCCAACAACAGUCUUAUCGUCUGGGAAUUCGGAAACGGCUAUGUUCUCAAGGACUCAUCACAACAAUGGGACGACAGAAUGCAUAUACUCAUCAACGUCUCGUCAUGCGGAACACUGAUCGGCCAAGCAUUGACAAAGACAGCUUUCGCGGUAACACUAUUACGAAUGAGUAACCGCUGGCAGAAAUGGAUCCUUUGGUUCUGUAUUGCCAGCAUGAACGCCUACAUGAUCGUCAAGGUCUUCUUCCAAUGGGCUAAAGUCUGCGGCAAGCCAACGUACGACAACUGGUAUCGAUUCGACUUCUGCUUGGAUUCCAAGUUCCGAAAUGACUUCAAGGAGGGUGGCAACAUUUACAACAUCAUUAUGGAUUUCGUGUUUGCAUGCUUCCCUUGGCUUAUCACGAGAGGGUUGGAGAUGAAGAAGGCUGAAAAGAUUGGCCUUUGCUUCACAAUGAGCCUGGGAAUGAUUAUUGCUAUCGUCUCGGCUAUUCGAGUUAGCUGGAAGGACCAAGGAAAUGGCCGUGAUGCCUACUACAUCUGGCGCAACGGCAUGUCACAAGUUUGGUACUCAUCAGAAGUUGCUGGAACAAUCAUGGUGCAAUGCAUACCCAUUCUCCGCCCCAUCCUCAAAAAGUUUCACACAUCAUACACCUCCCGCCGUCUCGACUCCCAAACCGGCGAACGCAAAGGCUCCGGCUGGACAUGGACACGCAGCAGCAAGCACAUCUCCACCGGCCCCCUAACACCCGGUCAUCCUCCCAUUCUAAACAACAACCCCGACGGCAUGGAACUACGCAACAUCCCCGAGGAACAAGAACCAGCAGAGUUCGACUUCUGGGGCAAGAAUGAUCCGCCUUCACCAGAUGAUCUCGAAGAUGGAAGACCUGAUAUCAAGUACAAGUUCAACAGGGAGGAGAUGAAGUUUACAAGAGAUGAUAGCUGGCCCCUUGGAGGGGAAAGUGAGAGUGCAAGGAGUGCGAGAAGCAUUGAGUUGGCACACUCGAAUAUGGGAUUGGCUGUUGAACACGAGGCUGCACAGCAGGGACUGUCGCCACCACCGCCUCGGAGGACAUGAGAGAGGCUCAUACUGAAUUUUACUUGUUUGUAUAAUAAUAGGGUUAGAACAUUACUUAGACACGACGUUAUGUACAUAUCUUUUGUCACUGCAGUUUCAUACCUGUAUGCCA